UUAAGACAGCCUAACUCAUUUGAAGGUGUAGCUCGCUCACCUGGCCCAGGUGGUUGCAAAGCUCAGUCGAAGAGGAGGAAGUAGAUCGGCGCGACAGUAUGUCGGCCUCUGCAAUUUUCAUCCUUGACUUGAAAGGCAAGCCACUAAUCAGCCGCAAUUAUAAGGGAGAUGUCAGCAUGUCGGAGAUUGAUUACUUCAUGCCACUCUUCAUACAAAAGGAGGAAGAUUGUGACCUGACCCCAGUCCUCUCCCAUGGAAAGGUUCAUUUCCUUUGGAUAAAGCAUAGCAACCUCUACUUGGUGGCCAUCACCAUGAAGAAUGCCAAUGCCUCACUGGUAUAUUCCUUUCUCUAUAAAGUGGUUGAGGUUUUUUCUGAAUACUUCAAGGAGCUGGAGGAAGAGAGCAUCCGUGACAAUUUUGUCAUUGUGUAUGAGCUACUGGAUGAGCUAAUGGACUUUGGGUUUCCUCAGACGACAGAUAGUAAAAUUUUGCAGGAGUACAUCACUCAGCAGGGCAACAAACUGGAGACAGCUAAAUCCCGGGUUCCAGCCACUGUCACGAAUGCAGUCUCUUGGAGAUCGGAGGGGCUUAAAUACAAGAAGAAUGAGGUCUUCAUUGAUGUCAUUGAAUCUGUUAACCUGUUGGUUAAUGCCAAUGGGAAUGUCCUGCUGAGUGAGAUAGUGGGUGCCAUCAAACUGAAGGUGUUCCUUUCUGGUAUGCCGGAGCUACGCCUGGGUCUCAAUGACAGGGUGCUUUUUGAGCUCACAGGACGUGGAAAAAAUAAGUCUGUGGAACUCGAGGAUGUCAAGUUCCACCAGUGUGUGCGACUAUCACGUUUUGACAAUGAUCGUACUAUCUCCUUCAUUCCACCUGAUGGAGAUUUUGAGCUUAUGUCAUAUCGCCUGAGUACACAGAUGAAACCUCUCAUCUGGAUCGAAUCUGUCAUUGAGAAGUUCUCUCACAGCCGAGUGGAGAUUAUGAUUAAGGCAAAGGGCCAGUUCAAAAAACAAUCAGUGGCCAAUGGUGUGGAGAUAAGUGUGCCUGUCCCAAAUGAUGCUGACUCACCCAAAUUCAAAACCAACAUUGGCAGUGCAAAAUAUCUGCCUGAAAAGAAUACUGUUGUCUGGAACAUAAAGUCCUUCCCAGGUGGUAAAGAAUAUUUGAUGCGAGCCCAUUUUGGGCUACCCAGCGUUGAGAACGAGGAGCUGGAAGGUCGGCCACCCAUCUCAGUCCGAUUUGAAAUCCCAUACUUCACAGUCUCUGGGAUUCAAGUACGGUACAUGAAGAUAAUUGAAAAGAGUGGGUACCAGGCUCUGCCAUGGGUCCGCUAUAUCACCCAGAGUGGAGAUUAUCAACUUCGGGCACAUUAAUCGCAUGACUCCACAAACUCUGAUACUCUCAAGAAUGAAGAAGUCUGAAUGUCUUUUAAUCCAGGCUCUAUCUGGACUGAUCUUGUAUAUUUGUGUCCUGGCAAAUUGCUGCUCUGGUCCUCAUUCCAUCCAACCACAGCUUGGGUUGAUAGUUGUUGGACAAUUACAUCUAAGUUUGGUGUGGGUGGAAGAGAAUUAUAGCCUAUUCUUAUUCUUCUUGUUGCCUACAAUGGCACAUAUACUGCUUCCUAGCUUGAAUGGAAGCAACCCUGUCUGUAUACUGUGCCUUGCAAAGCUUUUGAGUGAAAAAGCUUUGAUGAGUAUAGCCUUCAUUCAGUAUCUCUCUUUUAGAGAAUUCCUGAGACAAAAAAGCAGGUGUGACAGUAUCAUUGGUGGGUGAGUCUCUUUAUUUGGAAAGCUUUAUCCAGGGGAAUUGAUGUUGCCUCUUACUAGUGCCUGAAUAGAAUUCAGUUCAUCCUGAAAUGUAACCAAGUUUCUUCAGAGGGAGAGUUGUGUGCAGGAAGAAUGUAGUGACAGAAAGAAGAAUCUACAAUUUUAUGGAAUCAAGAACUGCAGAUCUAGGUUGAACUCUCAACUUGUACAUGAAUUUUCUGAGAAAUUGUGGGAAAUUCUUAAUCUCUGUUCACUUUUUGUAAAAUGAGAAUAGCAGCUGCCUAUCUCUUGUUAUAAAGAUGAUGAAAUGACUUAAUAGUUUCUUUGUUCUUAAAGUAUGACAAACUCUAAAAGGACAGAAAUAAAUCUUUUUCAGU